AGCCGCUGUCCGCCCGCCCGCCCGCCGCCAUGUUGGAUUUUAAUGUUAAUUUUGUAAAAAUUGUCCCAGAAAUUGGGAUCGAGAACCCCGGCUCACACUGAGCAAUCAAGCCAACAACCAAACAAACAAAAACAAGCGAGCUUAAAUUAAAACAAAGGAAUAAAGGACGACUGUGCGUUUAUGUAUUUAUGAUUCCAUCCCUACGGCCGCGGAAAGCAGCGAAGUUGGGUAAGAGCCACUGUAAUGACUCGAGCUUGUUUGAGAAGUAGGAUUCAAUUUCCUUUCCACAAGUCUAAGAAUUGGAAGAAGAUCAGAAUUUCUUGUAAAGAAAGCUGCCUUGUUCUGAUACAGACUAAAUGCAACUGCUUCAGCUAGUUUGUGGUUAUGAAGUGGUUCGGAGAAACAAAUAAUAUGUUUGUAAAUGGCGCCAGGAGAAAUGGGGGAAGAUUUCCCAGUGAACAUCAUCAGAAUCAAUCGAAGUUGCAGCAUUCCGGAAGGGGAAAUUCAAGGACCAACACAAGACUCGCACUUGGAAAACGCAGCACCCGCAUUAUGGGUUUUGAGGGUCACUGCUCCCGAUAUGUACCUUCCACUGGAAUGACAGCAAAAGAGCUGUGCGAAAAUGAUGAUCUAGCAACAAGCUUAGUCCUUGAUCCCUAUCUGGGGUUCCAGACUCACAAAAUGAACACCAGGUAUGUCAGAUUUCGACCUAUAAAAGGAAGACAAGAAGACCUGAAAGAAGUAAUAGAGGAUUUCAAAAAGAGAGAAAAUUUAGAAAAAGCGUUCAAAGCAUUAACUACAGGAGAAUGGGCGCGACACUAUUUUCUCAACAAAAAUAAAAGUCAAGAGAAAUUAUUUAAGGAACAUGUUUUUAUUUAUCUGAGAAUGUUUGCAGCUGAGAGUGGAUUUGAACUCUUACCAUGUAAUCGGUAUUCCUCUGAGAAAAAUGGAGCCAGGAUAGUUGCAACCAGGGAAUGGAAGAAGAAUGACAAGAUUGAAUUACUGGUUGGCUGCAUAGCAGAGUUGUCAGAAAUAGAAGAAAAUAUGCUACUUCGGCACGGAGAAAAUGAUUUUAGUGUUAUGUUUUCCACAAGAAAGAACUGUGCUCAACUAUGGCUAGGACCUGCUGCAUUUAUCAACCAUGACUGCAGGCCAAACUGUAAGUUUGUGUCAACUGGUCGGGAUACAGCUUGUGUAAAAGCGUUGAGAGACAUUGAACCGGGUGAAGAAAUCUCCUGUUACUAUGGAGAUGGUUUCUUUGGGGAAAAUAAUGAAUUCUGUGAAUGCUAUACAUGUGAAAGGCGUGGCCAAGGUGCAUUCAGAUCAAAGCCUGGACUUCCUGACCCUGUGCCAGUUAUAAACAGCAAGUAUGGACUCCGAGAAACAGAUAAACGUUUAAACAGAUUAAAAAAGUUGGGGGAUAAUGGAAAAAACUUUGAUAACCAAUCUGUGAGCUCAAACACUGAUGCAGAGAUUACUCAGGAAAAAGCUGCAACUAGAAAAUCAAUCAAUCUAAAAAAGGAUAGUAAAAGCAGAACAAGGCAAAUGUUGCCCAGAACAUCAACUGCCUCUAAUUCUACCUCAUCCUCUUCAAAAAUGUGUUCUGUGGGUAAUUCAAAGGUACCAAAGAAAUUGAAAACCUCAAGGCCGGUAAGGUCUUUGCCCUCAAAAUCAAGAUUAAGAAGUGAAUCUAGGAGGUCGGAACAAAAGACCACUUUUGGAAGUCUUGAAAUGGACAACAUUGUGCUGAAGGAACCUAAAGUAGUUCUUUAUAAGAAUUUGCCACUUGAGAAGGACAAAGUCUUGGAGGGGCCAGCAAAAUUUGAAGGUUCGGGUAGGUGUCUGACUAGACAUGCUGUUGGAGAAAAUAACAUCAAUUCUGUAAAAGAACUGCAUAAAAUUUCUCGCUUGCGUAAUGGGACAAUUCCUUGUGCCUACUUGACCCGGCGGGCAAAAAGAACAAGACUUUCCCUUAGAGGGUCCUGUGAGAUUCCUCCUUUACUGGAUCUUGAACCAAAUAAAGUAGACAAUGAAAGUAUUCAUUGCACAGAAAAGAGUGAACUUAUGGACUCAAUUCAACAUGUAUGUGAUGGCACCCGUGUAAAUCCAUUAAUUCAAGAAUCUGAUGUAGGUUUAAACUGCCAAAAGAGUGGGGUAUGUUUGAGUAGGAGGAAAUCACAAGGAAAACUAGAAAAAAUUGCUGCACAAUUGGAUAAAUGUGAGCGCACGUUGUCUUGCUCUGUAAAAGAGGAUACAAAGGGGGAAUCUAUACCAGCGUUGGUAAGUCCUCCACUUCGCAAUCUUAAUGGGGCUGAAAAGGUUGACUUGGUUAAUGUUUCUGGUGUUUACAGAGACUGUGUUGGUUCAUCAAAAGAUGGCACUUCUGAUUCAUUCAUGGCUUCUCACAAAUCAAAAAGUUCACAAUCUCAUAAAAUAAAAGGUGAUUUAUCCAGAGCAACGGGAGAGAGAAACAGAAAGAAACGACGAAUCACAAGAUAUGAUGCACAAUUAAUACUUGAAAACAGUACUGGAAUUCCCAAGUUGACUCUGCGUAGGAGACGUGACAGUAGCAGUAGUAAGACUAAUGACCAAGAAGUGGAUGGAAAGAAAUCCAAAAUUAGUAUAAAACUGAGCAAAGACUAUGAAAAUGACAAAAGUAACAAUUAUGUAGCAAAGCUCAGUAAUGGAUUCACCACAGGCUCAGGAAGUAAUUCUACAAAACUCAAGAUACAGCUGAAACGUGAGGAACAGAAUAAAGGAAUUAAGCGAUCACAGUCCAUCAUGGAAGACCUCUGUGACAGCGGUGUGUGUUGUGACAAUGCUGUUUUUUUGAGACCUAAUGGGGAGUUGUGUCAGCACAGACAACACAGAGAUGAUGAAGAGGAAGAGGAAGAUGAUGAUGAUGAUGAUACUUCCUCAUCUUUGACGUCAUCCUCGUCAUCAUCUUCAUCUUCCUCGUCAUCUGAGGAUGACGAUUAUGAUGAUGAAUUUGAAGAUGACUUUAUUCCACUUCCUCAGGCAAAAAGACUACGACUGAUUGUUGGUAAAGAUUCCAUUGAUAUCGACAUCUCAUCAAGGAGAAGAGAAGAUCAGUCAUUAAGGCUUAACGCAUAAGUUUUGGUUCUAUACUCACCAUAAUGUACAGUACUUUCCAAUCAAUUAUUCCACAUUUGAAUGAAUUUACUGUAAAAUUUUGAUGGCACUUCUGUAUUCAUUAUCAACAUAAAUAUUGUAGAAAGUGUACAGUAUAUUGACUCAUUUGAUUUUGUUUUUGCAGAUUUUUAUUGUACUAUUAAUAGCCUUACCAUGUGCAAUUCUGAGUUUUGGAGGGAACUCGCUCUGUGGUAGAAUUAAGGUAUAAAGCAGAAUUGUUGUACAUAAA